AUGGGUUUCAAGAAUCUCUUGUGCUCUUAUGAGGUCAUGGCAUCAUUGCUUGUGCAGGUUGGGAUGCUUAGAGAAGCUGAUGGCUUGUUAUUUGAAUUGGAGGGUGAAGGAAUUUCAUUGGAAAAUCAUGAGAUUUUCAAUUAUCUGAUUAAAGGGUAUGUUGACAUGAAAGAAUUAGAAAGGUCUUUUUUUGUGUAUGAUUUUAUGAGGGGUCGCGGUAUGAUUCCUUUGCGGUUGUGUUACCAUGUUCUUGUUAAUCUUUUGGUGAGAAUGAAGAGAACAGAGCUUGCAUUCAGGGUUUCAGUUGAUAUGCUGGAUUUCUGUGGCAAAUUGAAUUGUGCUGAGGCGAAAACGUUGGAGAAUUUGGUGAUGCUAAUUUGUGGCAAUAGAAAGAUUCUGGAAGCAAGGAACAUUGUCAAGAAGGUGUUGCCUUUCAAUCCUGAGGUUAGUAGCUUCGUUUUCGAUGAGAUUGCUUUUGCAUACUAUGAGAAAAAGGACUUCAAUGAUUUGCUUAGUUUCUUUGUCGAAGUAAAGCGUGUCCCGAGUGUAGUGGCUGCCAAUAGAGUUAUAAAUUCUUUGUGCAGCAGCUAUAAUGUAAAAAUGGCAGGAUUUUUUAUGCAAGAACUUGAAAACAUAGGCUUUAAACUUGAUGAAGUAACAUAUGGGAUAUUAAUUGGUUGGAGUUGUCGCGAAGGGAACAUGAAAAACUCUAUGAAUUAUUUGUCUCUUAUGCUAUCAGAAGGCUUGGUGCCGCGCAUAUAUACUUAUAACGCUCUUAUAAGCGGGUUGUUUAAAGUAGGCCUGUUAGAGCAUGCUCGUCACAUUCUUAAUGAGAUGAUGGAUAGGGGGACGCCGCCUGAUAUUUCCACCUUCAGAGUACUUAUAACGGUGUAUUGUAGGUCUAGACGGUUUGAUCUAGUGAAAAUUUUGAUUCAUGAGAUGGAUAGUGGUGGUUUUAUUGAACUUUCGUCAAUGGAGAAUCCACUUUCCAGGGCAUUUACCGUUUUGGGAUUUAACCCUUUGAACAUGAGGUUGAAACGAGACAAUGACAGGAAACUUUCAAAUACAGAGUUCUAUGAUGAUAUUGGAAAUGGACUUUACUUGGAUACAGAUGUUGAUGAGUAUGAGAACCACAUUGCUCACAUUCUUGAAGAAUCUAUGGUACCCAAAUUUAGUUCAUCUUUCAGGAAGGAGUGUAGCAAUAAUAACUUGAAAAGGGCAUUGGUUUUGGUUGAAGAAAUGCUUCGUUGGGGACAAGAGUUGUUGCUGCCAGACUUUUCAAUGUUAGUGAAACAACUUUGUUCAUCUCAAAGAGAAGAGAACAAAAUUGAAGAGAAGAGAACAGAGUGA